GAGCCUGAACUGGUGUCUGCAAUGGCAAUGCACAAAACCAAUACUAGAACUAGAAAUAUCCAUAUGAAAAAGGGAAGAGAUGGAUGGCCCACAAAAAGUAGUAGAGAGAAGAAAACUACACAUGAACAAACCAGUAACAUAGUACUCUGGAUGAUGGAAUUAGAAGUACACACGAAGAGGUGGAGUAAGGGAUUGUGUGGUCUCUAAAACAAGCCCAGUUUGUCUCCCCAUGAUUGAAGCAAGGCACUUGCAAAUAAUAGUGCGACUGCAAGGCUCUGAAUUGUUUGUUUCUCUCUUAAUCUUUUGCCUUUCAUGAGCAGGCAGAUUGAUAUGUAGGGACACAUUGCAUUUAGCCUCCUAUAAUGAAAUGAAUAUGGGAACAUAGCUAGUGGAGUUCCAAUGAAUGGGCAAGUGUGUGAGUAUAAGUAAAAACCACCAAUCUCUAAUUUUAAAUAUCUAAAAAUCAAUGUAGGCACUAGGCAGCAUUAUAUUCUUCCCUAUUUGCUUCCUAUCAAUAAAGAUUUUAUUUUUUUUGUUGUUCCCUUUUGGAAAUCAACAAACUUUUUCUUAGUUUUAUUAGCAAGAAGCUCAAAAAGGUCAUAUUUCAUAUUUCCCAUGGAUUCACAAAGGAAAGAACAAAGUCUAUCUAAGGCUUCUCCACGUGCAGAUACUCAGAACGAACAAGAACUACUUGUUGAAGAAGAAGAAGAAGAAGAGGCUGAUCCUUCUCUCCAGUUGGAUCUCAAGCUGACUAGAAGCAAUGAGUUCCAUAGAGAGCUCAACCUUAUCGACUGCUUCAACAUGGAUUCAAUCAAUACUUCAUCAGAAACUCCUCAAACUACAGAUGUUGAGCAAAGAGUCUUCUCAUGCAAUUACUGUCAAAGGAAAUUCUACAGCUCACAGGCACUUGGAGGACACCAAAAUGCCCAUAAAAGAGAGAGGACGCUUGCCAAACGAGGAAGGAUAGGGGCUUUUGGACACCCUUACUUGCACCGCCAUUAUUAUCCAGACAUGGCUUCUCUUCCUCUCUAUGGUGCAUAUGGUAGAUCUCUUGGAAUUCAAGCUCACUCCAUGAUCCAUAAGCCUUGUCAUCUAUCUUUCGCUAAUGGGUUCGCAAAUCUUUAUGGACAUGGCAAUUGGUCUAGGCCUCCUAUUGACCAACACCCAGCCAUAGGAAAGCUGUCAAUGAAUCAUUAUCAUGUAAAUGCAACAACGGCAACAUCAUCGCCGGGGACUUCAUGUUCCGGCGUCGGUAGGUUCAACUUAGAGAAGAGUACUAUAGCGGGUUCUCCUGCCGACGAGGGAAUUGCUAGUUGUUGGCUGGGUAAUAAUCAGGAUGAAUUGCAGAAGCUUGACUUGUCCCUCAAGCUCUAAGUACAUCCUUUUUUGCCUUAUAAUUUAAUUUCAUAUUUAGUAUUUUGGUACGUUUCUCUUGGAAAUCAUAUGUAAGUCUGGUUCCAAAUUGCUUAAAGCUUUGUUUUUUUUUUCUUUUUAGGUAUUCUUGAAUCAUCUUGUAACAACUUAUGCAAUAUAAAAUAAGUGAAAAGAAAAUCAUAUUCUUUUUAAA